GUCACAAAUUGUUCGUCUGCUGUUUUGUCGCUGCUUUGUCUGCUAAUUUGAGGUGAAUUAGUGUUUAACUGGUGGGCCAGGCAGAGACGAGACGAGUGUGAUCAGUAUCAGGUGAUGGCAGGAGAACUGAGGGGCGUGCCUGUAGGACGGGCACCGCGUAUUGUGUACCUCAGCCGGAUAGAGAGUUUCAGUGCGUCACACAGGCUACACAGUAACCAGCUAAGUGACGAAGAAAACCUGCGGAUAUUUGGGAAGUGCAAUAAUCCCAAUGGACACGGGCACAACUACAAAGUGGAAGUGACAUUAAGAAAGGAGGUUGAUCCUGUGACUGGAAUGGCCAUGAACUUAGUUGACCUCAAGAGUGUCAUGCAGAGAGCAAUAAUGGAGCCUCUUGACCACAAGAACUUGGAUAAGGAUGUGCCAUAUUUCCAGAGCAUUGUCAGCACAACAGAGAAUGUUGCCAUCUAUAUAUGGGACAACAUGAUGAACUUUUUACCAGACGGGACAUUGUACGAGGUCAAAAUCCAUGAGACAGACAAGAACAUUGUGUGCUACAGGGGGGAAUAGAAAAGUACAAAAAUUAUGGAGCAGGGGAUUACAAAAUGUAUUCAAUAAGAUAAACAGCUUAAACAGAUAUACUUUGCAAACAGUACCAUUAGAAAAUACACAUAUUAGGACAAGUGUCCAGGGUUCUGUGUUGCUAUGGCCAUAUGAGCUUGAUAUCUUGUAUGUCAGAUUAAGAUAGUUCAAGCAGUCAGGUAAAAGAUGAAGUGUUAAGGUUAGGAGUACUAGUACUUUCCAAUGGAGAACUGAAUCAAAAGAUUUUGAUAUUGUGUCUAUGUAUCUGACAAGACUGCUGCUUAAGUUGCUUGAAUAUGUAUUUUAAUGUACAUGAAGUAGUGAUGUACUACUUUGCGAUUUUUGUUUUCAAACUUCCAACAGAAAA